AUGACCCCAUGCCUCCACGUCUCCAUGCCUUCAAGCCUCCAAGCCUCCAAGCAACCAAGUUUCCAAUCCUCCAAGUCUCCAAGCUUCCAUGUCAUCAUGUCUCCAAAGCUCCAAGUCCCUAUGUCUCCAUUCCUCCAUGGCCCCAUUUCUCCAUUCCUCCAUGGCCCCAUGCCCCCCAAGCCUCCAAGCCUCCAAGCCUCCAAGCCUCCAAGCCUCCAGUCCCCAUGCCUUCAAUUCCCCAUGCCUCCAAGCUUCGAAGUCCCCAUGGCUCCAAGCCUCCAAGCCUCCAUGUCCCCACGAGUCCAAGCCUCAAAGUCUCAAUGUCCCCAUGCCUCCAAGCCUCAGAGCCUCCAUGUCCCCAUACCUCCAAGCCUCAAUGUCCCCAUUCCUUCAAGCCUCCAUGUUUGCAUGCUUCCAAACCUCCAAGCCUCCAAGUCCAUGCCGCUAAUUCUCCAUGCCUCCAAAUCCCGAUGCCCCCAUGCCUGCAAGCCUCUAAGCCUCCAUGUCAGCACGAAUACAAGCCUCCAAGCGUCCAAGCCUCCAUGUCCCCAUGUCCCCAUGCCUCCAAGCCUCGAUGUCCGCAUGCCUCCUAGCCUCCAUGUCCCCAUGUCUACAUACCUCCAUAUCCCCAUGUCCCCACGCCCCCAAACCUCCAGUCCCCAUGCCUCCAUGUCCCCAUGCCUCCAAGCACCCAUGCCUCAAAAUACCCAUGCCUCCAAGCAUCCAAGUCCCCAUGGCUCCAAGCCUUGUCCUGAUGCUCUCCAAACCUCCAUGUCCCCAAUCCUCCACGUCCCCAUGCCUCCAAGCCCCCAAGUCCCUAUUCCUCCAAGCCUCCAAGCCUCCAAAUCCCCAUGCCUCCAAGUCUCCAUGCCUCCAAGCCUUCAAAUCCCCAUGCCUUCAAGUCCCCAUGCCCCCAAGCUUCCACGCCUCCAUAUCAACAUGCCUCCAAGUCUCCAUGUCCCCAUGCCUCUAAGUCUCCAUGCUUUCAAGCCUCUAAGCAUCCAAGCAACCAAGUUUCCAAGCCUCCACGCCUCCACGCCUCCAAGUCUCCAAGUCUCCAAGCCUCCAAGUCUCGAAGCCUCCAUGUCCCGAUGCCUCCAAGCCUCUAAGCCUCAAUGUCCCCAUGUCUCCAUGCCUCCAAACGUCCAAGCCACUAUGUCUCCAAGCCUCCAAGUCACCAUGGCUCCAAGCCUCCAAGACUCCAUGUCCCUAUGCCUCUAA